AAUAGUAUUUGAGGUGCACAUACCCGAGAUCAUAAAAACAACAAGGCUUGCCUCCAGAAUGCGCUGGCUGCUCGUUGGAGUUCAUGGAUUUAUCUUCAUCCAUUUUGGAGUGACGGGGAAAGACGCCUUGUCCAUAACUCAGAAGCCGCGUUUCUACGGCGUUCGAACGGGCCAAUUCGUCUACAUCAUCUGCCAGCCCUCAGUGGGGGAUAAGCCUGCCCACGUCCAGUGGUACAAGGCCUCAGAGGAUGAUGUUCAUGUGCAUGCCAGACAGCCCUUGGAACAGGCCAAGACAGGUGACAGCGGUGUGAUCCAAAAUGCUGUUCUCUUCCUCAAGAACUUGGAGGUGGAGGACACUGGAGUGUACUUCUGCAAGAUAAACAGUACUUGGGGGUUUGGGACAGGAUUGCAAGUCGCCAGACCACUUGACCGAAACCAGGCUGCAUUUCGGAGCAGUAUGAAGGAUGGAUUCAUCAUCCUGCAGGCUCUUCUUCUGACUGUGUGUGCUGUGGCCUUUCUUCACCACAACAGGAAGCUGUUGGUGAAACAUGACAUUGAAUAUGAAGAGCCUGAAGUUGAUCACAUCUAUGAGGGGUUGGCCAUCGAGUCGCGCACAGAGGAGUUAUAUGAAGAACUCCCAGUCUACGACCAAAUGGAGUGCACUGAGGACCCGUGGGGGCAAAACUGAAGCCAAAAAUCCGAUCGUAUUCCAAGAUAUUAUUCAAAACCUGAAGCGAAAGUGAUGUUACACAUGGGUGGUUGUGAUUUACUGGUUAGACAUCAAGAAAAUGUCCAAAUAAAACACAAAUGAGA